AUGACGACUAGUCUUGGUGAACCAUGCUUGAGGAUGUAUCUACUGGAGGUGAGUGCAGAUCUGCUCAGACGGGGCAAGACUGCUUUUAAGGCCAGGCACACUCUAAAGCAGAGCUCACAUAAGCAGAGCUCACAUCAUGCUCAAUUCAGGGCAGUUUUCCGAAUGCUAGAGAAACAUGAAUGUGGCUUUGCACAAGCUCUUGACCCACAUAAGGUACAAGCAUUUGUUACCAAAUGAAGAUUAAAAGUCAUGCCUGAGCUGAUGCUUGUCAAAAAUGAAGCCCUGUAUGCCAUCACAAACUCAAAGAAAUGGAUGCAGCCACAGCCAGUUGAAAGAAACUUGUCUACAACAUUGGAUCACUGUUGCAAGGUCAGUGAGCCACUGGGCGUGGUAUUCAUUGUGAGAGGCUGGUAUAGUCCUGUCCAAAUGUGUCCACUGCCAUUGGUCAGGACCAUAACAGCAGGUGAAACUGUGAUCAUAAAUCCAGAGUACAUAGUUAACACAGCUGACCUCCUCCAUCAUAUAUUUCCUUUGGACCUUUUAUGUUCAAUAACAGGAGCCUGUGAGGAUGGGAACAUAAUAGCACAGGCCGCAGCCCUCACACUCACACCUGUCACCCUGGUUUUGACAAGGAAGAACCCAUCUUAUGUGGACCACCACUGUGACAUUGUCACCACAGCGCAGCACAUUGCCUGAGCGAAGUUUCACAAUGCUGGACAGAGCUUGGUGGCCUCAGACUACAUUUGGUGCAAUAAAAAUGUACAAGUUCGACUAGUGCAGACCAUGAAGUUCUGCCUUAUGCAAUUCUUUGGGCCGGACCCCUAAGAGUCGUUGCCAAGCUUUUGUUGCGUUCUUAAUGCAGAAAUUUUCAGCAAAACUAAAUUAAAUAUCUACAGGUUUAUUCAAAACACAAUGCCAUAAUAACAGAACAAUGUUGCACCAACUAAUUUGACAGAUGCAGUGAACCCUGAUCUAAUAAUGCAGCAAAAUGUGUUUGACCCAGUGCUUCCACUUCUCUCUGUGCAAAAUAUAGGUAAAGCCUAUUGCUUCAUCAACAAGCAACAGAAACUCCUGUGUAAUUACACCAAGAACAGCAAGGUCAUCUCGCAACUGAUGAAUGAGACCUCUAGUGGAAGCUGUCUGACUCAUGAUAACAUGGUCCAUUUGGUGGUGUGGGAAGUAAGUGUAGGAUUCCUUUGAUCCUUUUAUUGUUCAAAUAAAUUGCCAUGCCAUGAACAAGUGCCACUGGAACAGGAUCCUAUCAUGGACACAUUUUCUCACAAGAAAUCAUGUCUGCUUAGUCUACGAUUUGAGUGUGUCACAUAUCUGUGCUACCCAACAUAUGAGGAGCACACCUCAUCUUUAAUGGCAUGGGCCAGAACUCUGUCCUAAAGAAGUCAGGGCUGGUGCCAGAUCCUGUGA